AUGGAGCUUUCUGACACACAUAAUGGACAGUUGUGGUACUACAGCUGUGACACCACAGACACAGACAAGAUUCUCCCACUGUUCGAGGAAGCGAUCUCGAGGACACGAUAUCCCUUACGCGGCUUUGUUGCCUGUGCAGGCGUAUCCGAUGGCGGCAGCUCUAUCGACUUCUCCAUGGAUCGAGUCAAGCGGUUGCUGGAUGUGAAUGUUGCGGGUACUUUUGCUUGUGUGCAAGCGGUAGCGAAGAUCCUGCAAAGGAGGCAAGAUUUAUCUGCCAGCUGCGUACUCAUCGCCAGUAUGUCGGGGCAUGGCGUAGAUACAGCGGUGUACAAUGCGUCUAAGUCAGCCGUCCUACAACUUACUCGCUCAUUGGCUGCCGAAUGGGGUUCAAGACCUGGUAUGCCCCUGGUUCGUGUCAAUUCUGUCAGUCCUGGAUACAUCCGAACUAGGAUGACCGAAGAGACGCUUGCUGAGCCAGGCAUGGAGAAGCUAUGGGAGGAAGGCAACAUGUUGAACAGAUUAAGCUACGCUGACGAGUAUCGCGGGCCCAUAAUCUUCUUGCUGAGCGAUGCGAGCAGUUUCGUUACAGGCGCUGACCUUAAAGUCGAUGGGGGUCACACAGCAUGGUGA